UGGCUACUGUGCUGCUACAGCGUUACAGCUGUUUUGGUUUCGCCAAAUUCGUCGGUUUGGGCUGUGACACUUAUCUACUUUGCACUUUCACCCUAGUUUUGACUCUGCACUGGCCAUCGAAGCUCAUUCCUGCUUCGUUAGUGGUACUUCGAAGUGAAGAAGUACCAUGGCCCCGAAUGUGAGAACUGAUGUCAUUUUGCUGGAAGGAAUGACAUGUCCAGUUUGUGUUGAGAUAAUCAACAAGAAGUUGGUAAAUCUGAGCGGUGUUGAAACUGUUCACGUGGAUUUGGAAGAAAAUGAAGCUGUUGUCAAGUAUGAUCCAAGCGAGGUGACACUGCGUGAAAUCACCCGAGCAGUAAUAGAGAGUGGCUUCAAUGCACGCACCAAGAACUCGUGUCCAAGCCUUGAAGACAUCACACUCUUUAUUGGUGGCAUGAUGUGCAAUGAGUGUGUUGGCAAAGUGACAGCAAGUGUUGCCCAAAUCAAGGGAGUCUGCCGUGUUGACGUUUCCUUGGAUAAGGGCAGAGCCAAUGUUACGUUUGAAACAACUCAAACGGACCCUCUUGCUAUUAAGUCUACCGUAAACAACCUUGGUUUUGUUGUAACUCUGCCUGAAAGUAUUCAGCCAUCAUCUGUCACUCUUUCUGUUGAGGGUGUUGCCUGCAACCUAUGUGUUAUUUCAGUUGAAAGAGUACUUUCUGCAAAACCAGGAGUGAAGUCGGUUUCCGUGUCACUUGAAGAGCAGAAGGUGCUAGUUGACUUCUGCAGCUAUGAAGUGAGAGCAUAUGACUUGUGUCGAGCUGUCUGCAAUGCAGGGUAUUCAGCAACAAUCAUCAGUGAGCAAGGGCCCCCAGACCUUGUUUCAGCAUUAUUCAGCAUCACAGGCAUGACCUGUAUGUCUUGUGUUACCUCUCUAGAAGGACUGUUGUCUCGAACUGAAGGGGUUGAAGGUGUCAAGGUGUCUCUCCAACAAGGUACUGCUGCUGUUGUCUACAUCUCAUCACUAUUGACUUGCCAAAAAAUUGUGGAAAUUAUCAGUGAUUCUGGCUAUGGCUGCCAGAUCAAGGAACAGACUCGAAAAGGCUCCACAGCAUCAGAGGACACGCCACUUCUUGAAAGACAGUUUAGCAAAGCUGCAUCAUGCCUAUUUAUUUCUUCUUUAGAUACUGGUUCAGGUGAAGCAAUGUUUUCAUCAAUGGAGAAUAGAUUGCAGUUAGCACCAACAUCAAAAGUCUCGUCAGAUUCUGUGCAUGGAAAAGAUGUGCCUUUGCAGAAAUGCUAUCUUCAUGUUAGAGGCAUGACGUGUGCCUCCUGUGUAUCAGCAGUUGAGAAAAAUCUUCUAAAGCUGAAUGGUGUAGCCCAGGCACUUGUCAGUCUUCUGUCAGAAAGAGCAGAAGUGAAGUAUGAUCCAGAAAAAGUUUCACCUAUGCAGCUUUCACAAGUGACAACAGAUCUUGGUUAUGAUGCAUCGAUCAUAGAAACAACAGAGCUUCAGCCAGGAGAAAUUGAUCUUUCAAUCAAAGGCAUGACAUGUGCCUCUUGUGUUUCCUCCAUUGAAUCUAACCUGUUGAAGCGACCGGGUGUGACAAAAGCAUCAAUCAGCCUUGCCAUGCAAAGGGGCCAUUUCGUGUUUGACACAGAACUGAUUGGUCCACGGAGACUUAUCCAAGCUAUUGAGGAGCUGGGGUUUGAAGCAUCUCCUGCAGCUGUCAACAAGCUUGGUGUAGACCAUCUCACCCAUGUUGCUGAAAUUAGAAAGUGGCGCCGUGCCUUUUUAAUUUCUCUGAUCUGUGGCAUUCCUACCAUGGUUGUCAUGGUUUACUUCAUGGCCUUUGCCGACAUGGACAAUCAUUGUUGCCUUAUUCCAGGGCUAUCCUUGGAAAAUCUUCUUCUAUUUAUUUUUGCAUCACCAGUUCAGUUUGUGGGUGGGCGACACUUCUAUUUGCCAGCAUUUCGGGCCCUGCAGCAUGGCAUGGCGAACAUGGACGUAUUGGUGAUGUUGGCAACUAACGUGUCCUACCUGUACAGUGUUAUCAUCCUGCUCUACUUUGUGGCCACUCGGUCUGACCACAGCCCCACCACAUUUUUUGACACUGUGCCCAUGCUCAUUGUCUUCCUUUGCCUUGGUCGCUGGCUUGAGCACCUUGCCAAGAGACAUACUUCAGAUGCUUUGACAAAGCUAAUAUCAUUGCAAGCCACUGAAGCUACUUUGUUAACAGUAAAUGAAGAUGGUGAUGUAUUAUCUGAGAAGAAAAUUGAUGUGAAUCUAAUACAGAGGAAUGACACGAUAAAGGUUGUCCCAGGGGAAAGAAUACCUGUGGAUGGCAAGGUUAGUGGUGGAUCAUCAAAUGUUAAUGAAGCUCACAUCACGGGGGAACCACUCCCCAUCUUCAAAACAGUUGGCUCCACUGUGAUGGCAGGCUCAAUUAAUGAGAACGGUGUCCUACUUAUUUGUGCAACUCAUGUUGGCAAGGACACAACCUUGGCUCAGAUUGUACGUCUUGUUGAGGAGGCACAGUCAUCUAAGGCCCCUAUUCAGCAGCUGGCUGACAAAAUUGCAGGCUACUUUGUUCCAACUGUGGUAGUCCUCUCAAUUUUCACACUGGCAGUGUGGCUUAUCCUGGGUUUUAUUAGGACAGAUCUAGUCUACAACUACUAUGGCAAGGCACAAGACAUGUCAGAAAGUGAAGUGGUCAUCCAAUUUGCAUUCCAGUGUGCUCUGACAGUGCUGUCAAUUGCUUGCCCAUGUGCUUUAGGCCUUGCCACACCAACUGCAGUUAUGGUAGGAACUGGGGUUGGUGCCACAAACGGCAUUCUUAUUAAAGGGGCUGAGCCACUGGAAGCCAUUUGCAAGGUGAAGUGCUUUGCAUUUGACAAGACUGGCACAAUUACAAAGGGGGCACCUGUUUUGGUGUAUGCUGGUCUGAUGACUCAUGUUAAGGCCCUAACACUAAAUGCCCUGAUGGCUAUUGUGGGGACUGCAGAGGCAAGUAGCGAGCACCCUAUUGCUAAAGCCAUCACGGAUUAUGCUAAGCAGUUAUUGCAGACAGACAUUCUUGGAAGCUGUGAAGGCUUUGAGGCAAUCUCAGGCUUUGGUCUGUCUUGCAAAGUUGGAAAUGUGGCCAGCACUUUAAAGAAUGCACCAGAGUAUGUGGAUGGACAGGAUUCGUAUUGUGUAGAAAUUCAGUACAUUGGAGAAGUGAACCAAGAAGGAAAUGAGCAAGACAAAUGGGACAAUACGUAUGACGUGCUUGUGGGCAACCGAGAAUGGAUGAAGAAGAACUCUGUUGAAGUGUUUUCUUCUGUUGACAGCUUGAUGGCCAAUAGGGAAAUGAUGGGGCAGACAGUUAUUUUGUGUGCCAUAAAUGGUGUUCUUGCAGGUAUACUUGCUGUGUCAGACACACUGAAGCCUGAGUCCAAAGCCACUGUGAGUGAACUGAAAGAGAUGGGCUUUAAGGUUGUUCUUCUGACUGGAGACAAUAAGCAGACUGCAUCAGCCAUUGCGCAACAGGUUGGCAUUGAUGAAGUGUUUGCUCAAGUUUUGCCCUCACACAAAGCAGAGAAAAUCCAAGACUUGCAGAAUAAAGGUUUCAAAGUCGCCAUGGUUGGGGAUGGCAUCAACGACUCACCUGCCUUAGUUAAGGCUGAUGUUGGCAUCGCCCUCUCCGACGGCACUGAUGUGGCAAUUGAAGCUGCAGACUUGGUCUUGAUUCGGAACAAUCUCUAUGAUGUGGUGGCUGCUGUUGAUCUUUCAAGGAAGACUGUGCGAAGAAUUCGAAUGAAUUUUUUUCUUGCUAGCAUCUACAACCUUGUGGGCAUUCCUCUUGCAGCAGGUGUCUUUAUGCCCUUGGGUGUUGCCUUAUUGCCAUGGAUGGGAGCAGCUGCUAUGGCCCUAUCCUCUGUUUCAGUAGUCACAUCAUCAUUACUCCUAUACUUGUAUCAAAAGCCUGUUUUGGCUAAAUCAUAUUCUCCAAGUGAGCCAGAAGAAUCACAAAGAAAAGACAUGGAGUUUGCUGAAGACAUUGUACAUGGGGCAAAGCCUCUCAGUGCAAGUGUGGCCAAAAACACCAAUGUCCAAGGAUCACCUCUGAGAGACUCAUUUUUGCCAGAAGUCUGCAUUCAGCAAGAACUUGAAGCAUUGUGCAAUGAUAACAUACAGCAGUUACUUUGAAUCCUACAAGGCAACCCUUCUUGGUUUAUAUUUUUCGUUCCCCUCCCCCCCCCCCCCCUUGCCUCAUGUGGAAAUAACAGUACUUACUGUAUUUGGGAUCAUUUACAUAUACAGAGCACACACAGUUGUUUGUGCUGGUUUUACUAUGGAUGCAUCAACAUUCCAGUUCACUGUGUUUUGAUACCAAAGUGCCAGUUUCGAAGUACUUAUUCUCUUGAAAACCUGCUAGCUGGCAAAGCUACACUUGUAGUUUACAGGGUACAAGAAAGUCUAGUAUGCUUCAAGAAUUUCCUGCAGGGCCUUGUGAAUACUCGAGCUUACCUGCUGUUGCUGCAGGAUGGACACAAAAUGUCCAGUUUUGGCUAGCUAAUGUGAAAACUUACCAUGCACGGCAGUUUGUUUACAUAUGCUGGGUGCCAUAUUUUGCCUAUUGCUCUGUCUUGACUACUUGCUGCCACAGUAGGUUUUCAGUGUAUAAAUAGCUGUCUUAUUGCAUCAGAUGUUGAAGCCGGAACUAUGUGAGAAAUGUUGGUUGCACUUAUCUGUGGCGCUGGUUUCACCAUUUUUAAACAGGUUUAACAGAUUUGGAUUUUGGAAAAAAGUUAACUUAGUGAAAAAGAAAGUGCUUAUGUUUAGCCAGUUCAGCUUUGUUCGAAGUCUGUCCCAAAAGUGCUGGCACUACGUUUAAAAAAAAUUAUUUCAGAAACUUUCAGAUACAUCAAUGUGGUCACCUUCAAAAUUCUCCCCAUUAGACACAAGGCACUAGUUCCACCUCUUCUUCUAUUGCUGAAAGCAUCCUUGAAAGCAUCCUUGGAAGCAUUUCAGCAGCGAUGUUGUGGCUUUUUGAAUUGUCGUCACAUCUCCAAAAUACCCUCCCUGGAGCAGCAGUUUGUAUUUGGGAACGAAAAAAGUUGCAAGGGCCUAAAUCUGGUGAGUAGGGAGGGUGUUGCAGCACAGUGAUGGAAUUACAUGCCAAAAACUCACAUGCUCAAUGCAGAGUGUGCAGGAGCAUUAUUGUGGUGCAGAAUCCAGUGCCCCUCUUUCGAAAAAUUCGGUCGCACUCGGUCUCCGUCUAGAAAGUUGAAUUGACAGUUUCACCUUCAGAUACAAAUUCAUGGUGCAAAAUUUCAUGGCAGUCAAGAAACAUGAUCAACAUGACUUCGAUUUUUUUUCUUCGUUCUUCCACACAUUUUUUUGGCCUUGGCUCAUUAUUCUUUUUCCACUUCUUGCUCUGUGACUUCAGCUCGAUCUUAUAUUCGUAAAUCGAAGUUUCGUUGCCAAUGAUGACCCUUCGCAAGAAUUUAUCACUGUUGUAUGAAGUUUUCCAAUAAAUGCACCAUUGGUUUCGUUACACGUUUUGCUCAGGAGUGAGCAGUUUCGGCAUCAUCUUGGUGCAAAUCUUUUUCAUUUACAAGUUUUCAGUCAAAAUCCGGUGCAUGGAUUACUUUCCCAAACCAAGUGCUUCUGAUAUCGUCAUAACAGUCAUUUGGCAGUCACUGAGCAUGACAGAACACACGCAAUAGAUGUUUUCAAACUCACACGAGGUGGAGGUGCUUCCUAAUCUUGCAUCAUCCUUGAAGUCUUCACGGCCAUUGCGAAAAUGUUGCACCCACUUGAACACAGGUCUUUCCUUUAGGGUAUCAUUUUCGUAGGCGUUUUGCAGCAUUUGAUUAAUUUCUGCACCACUCUUGCCCAAUUUCACAAAACUAUUUUAUAUUGAUACUUUGGUUCAUCCGGUUGUCGAUUUUAUUUCCAUUUUGACAAAGACUAAAGAUAGAUUGCACAAAAAAGUGCCUGCAUAAAAUUCUGCCUUGUCAUACAGCAGUCCGGCUCUGUCUGUCGUACUAGAGAUCAAAACCAGGUCCUUUUGAGUGUAGAGAGUGUGCCGCUACACCCUCUCCCACUUUCUUUCUGACUCACUGCAUGAACUUUUGGGACAGACCUUGUAUAGUGCAUUUGCCGCAGAUGUUAAGCUAGUGUCAAGUGAUAUUGUUUGUGGUGGCACAUCUUGUUUGUCCUCUAAUGGAGUACUGCUUAGCAAUGUGAGCAGACAACAGAGAAGUAACCAAAGGAGCUACUUCUGAGUGAUAUGUUGCUAGUAUAGAGAGAUCUCUCAUCCUGCAUCAACAUGAAUGAAGUCUGUGUGUAUAAAAGCAGCAUUUAUACUGAUAUUUCAUUUGCAUUGUUGACUUUCAAGUUGUACAUUGCAGAGGCGAAUGAAGAUGAACUUGUAGCUUUUGUCAG